UGAACGUCAUCGGCAACCGAUAUCGAAGUAAAUAAUGGCGGAGAAUAAGUGAGAAUAUUAACAAUCAACGGCAAUCCGUCCCUUUUUGCUGUCCAAAUGGCGUUGAUUACACUCUGAGUAGAAAGACUAAUUAUUUGAUGAGCCACUAAGACUGUUUUGAAAGACCUGCAGAGGCCAAGAUGGAAUUGAGGGUCGGAAACAAAUAUAGACUUGGAAGGAAAAUUGGAAGUGGAUCUUUUGGGGACAUUUAUUUGGGGACUGACAUUUCUAAUGGAGAAGAAGUGGCCAUUAAAUUAGAAUGUGUGAAAACAAAGCACCCACAGCUUCACAUAGAAAGCAAGAUCUACAAAAUGAUGCAGGGUGGAGUUGGUAUCCCUACGAUAAGAUGGUGUGGAGCAGAGGGAGACUACAAUGUAAUGGUCAUGGAACUCCUCGGUCCCAGUUUAGAGGACCUCUUCAACUUUUGUUCUCGGAAAUUCAGUCUGAAAACGGUCUUACUACUAGCAGAUCAAUUAAUAAGUAGAAUAGAAUACAUUCACUCCAAAAAUUUCAUCCAUCGAGAUGUGAAGCCAGAUAACUUUCUGAUGGGACUCGGAAAGAAAGGGAAUCUUGUGUAUAUUAUAGACUUUGGACUUGCCAAAAAGUAUCGAGAUGCCCGAACUCACCAACAUAUUCCAUACCGAGAAAACAAGAAUCUCACGGGCACAGCCCGCUAUGCCAGCAUUAAUACACAUUUGGGAAUAGAACAGAGCCGACGUGAUGACAUGGAAUCGUUAGGAUACGUGUUCAUGUACUUCCUAAGAGGAAGUUUACCAUGGCAGGGACUAAAGGCAGCAACCAAACGCCAGAAAUACGAGAGAAUCAGCGAGAAGAAAAUGUCCACUCCCAUCGAGGAACUGUGUAAAGGAUUCCCUUCUGAAUUUGCCACCUACCUGAACUUUUGCCGAUCCCUGAGGUUUGACGACAAGCCAGAUUAUUCCUACUUGCGACAGCUAUUUCGUAACCUCUUUCACAGACAGGGUUUUACAUAUGACUAUGUAUUUGACUGGAAUAUGCUAAAAUUUGGAGGGAGAAACAGUGAUGAUGCAGACAGGGGUAAAGUGAGUUCUUCUGCCCGACCUCUACAUGGGACAGCAGGGGGCAGUCGAAUGAGAGGGGAACAAAUACCCCCCACAACCACUCCCCCAGGAGACUACAAUAAUGCCACAAGGGGCUCACGUACCAGAGAUCGCUUGCCAACUCGUCUCUCCCUCUCUACGCGGGGUCCCGAGGCUGCCGAGGGGACUCCUGAUGCUAAGGCUAGCGAAAGUCGACUAGCUACCCCCUCAUCUGGUGGGAGAAUCAGUUUCAAAGGUUCAGGAUUACCAAUUCCCGUGGGGAACCCCAAUGACAGUGCCAAGCUUCGGCCUGAAUCUCCGAGACCUAUAUCUCGGGAGCGAGAACGAAGAACGAGUACACGUCUUCACCGAGGAAUCCCAACAGGUGCUGAGUUUGUGAGAGAUGGAACCCGUGUGUCAACUGCUCCGAUGCAGCCAGGGAUGGUGACAAAUUCGGCAAUACGGAGAGGAAGUGCCUCCAAAGACGGUGAUAAUCCGACAAGAGCUGGUUCCUCUCGACAUGCGCGCAAAUGAGAAAAGAGAUGUUUCCAAAAUUUGUACAAGGUUUCCAUAAACAAAUCCUACCAAAUCAGGAAAUGUCAGUUGUGAUCAUGUGCCAACAUUAACCAAAACAGUGAUACAAAUGUGGUAAAUGAUGUGUGUUUGCAACAAAUUGAUAAAAUGAUUGUCCGUUGUGUAACGAGAUGGCAAUAAGUGAACAUACCAAGAGAAAUUUUUACCUAUAACUGGUUUGCAAGGUUUAGAUCUCAAUAAAAUACCUUACAGUGCAGUAGGUAAUUAGUUACAUGUAUUGACUUUAAUCCAGUGCUUACAGAAUUGUGUGCUGGAACCGUAGCUUGUGUGAAUGCACUUGAGGUCGCUUCUCUUACAUGCCACUUUCUCAUCCCUAAAUUCACUCAUGCUCAUUACUUUAUUCUGUAUAUACAAGAGUUUGAAGAACAUUUGUGAAUUAUAAUAUUUACUGUACAUAUUAAUCUAAUUUUAACUGGAAAGUAACUGUGUAUCUGUGACCAUUUAUAUAAGUGAUGAAGUUCUAAAAGUGACAAUGAUUGGGAGUUUGUGAUGGUAGGACCAAACAAUUGUUGUAUUGUGAUAUUUUUGUCAAUUGUCCCAUUCUCUAAUGUGUUUGAAAGCUUCAAGCAGUCUUAUCUCAUGGGUGAAAAUCUUACAUUUUAGAUAUACGUUGUAGUACAGUACAAGUAUUAUUGAGAAUCUUAUUCUUUGUUACUACAUGUAUGUUAUUAAAAAUAUUGUUUUUCUUUACAAUAGUACAUAAUAAAUUGCAUGAUGCUAUAUAACUAUGCAUUACAAAAAUCUAUUAAAAUUGCUUUAAUGUAGAGAAAAUUUGAAAGUCAAGACAAUUUUAAGAUGUAAUGCAAAAGGAAAUUAAAACUGAAUGUGGUCAACAUUUUUGACUGCCUACAAUUUUACAUGUUAUCAAGAUAUACAAGAUAAUGUGUAAUUUCUGCAGUGUGACAAAUUUUAAUAAUGAUUCAAAUGAACCAUUUAAUUUUUUGAAAAUCCAGACCAAUCUGUCAUAUGAAAGAUGGGGAUUUGAAUAUAUUAUGAUUAUAUAUUGUGUAACUUUGAAUGAUCACAAAAUGCAACAAAAUUAAAAAUUUGCAGACAUUGUCAGUCAAUAUUUCCUACAAAUGAAAUUGUUUUCCAUAACAAACAUGUUAUGAAAUAAAGAGUAUGAUAUAGAAGUAAUGUAAAAGAUUUUUAAAAAAUUCUUUCCAAAAAUUUUAUAAAGACAUGCAUUGUAUAUAUUAAAACAACUUAUAAAUUAACAGAAGUAUAGCUGUUUGUGUGAAUGCUUUUAAAUAAAUGAUCUACUUUUAA